GGGUAUAAAAGGGGUGGGGGGUGGCGCAGGGACCCUUCAUCUCUGGAGAAAUAUCCGGAGAGCGAGCGCAAGGAUGCAAAAACGCGUCACUUUUGCCGACGAGGUGCUGCCCAACGUGAGGCGGACCCCCGUCCACUUCUGGGAUGGGAUGAAGGUCCCGUGCCUCACGCCCAGCAUCACCUCCAAGGAGAAAAUAAGCGUCUGGGAUGCGGUGUCAGCCUACAUCCACGAACACCUCCUGCUGCACCAGGGCGUCCGAAUUCCUGCCCUCGGCUCCUUCGACGUUGUCCCCAAAUUGGUGAAGGACGGGAACAAGACCCUGAUUUUGCAGAUGCCCACGUUCCGCCUGGCCAGGAACCUCGUCGUCACCCACAGCCUCACCGCCAACAAGGAGUACCUGCCAGGCCACAAGGAGCUGGAGCCCCUCCACUACCCCGAGGUGGCCGCCCAAAUCUGCCUGUCCUCGCAGAGGGUGGAGAGCUGCAUCCAGGGCACCACGUCCCUCAUCUCUCGCUGCGUGGGGAAGGGGGAGAACAUCGCCCUGGUCCUGAGGGACGUGGGGGUGCUCCUCAUCGAAGGCACGAGGGUGGAAAUGAAAUUCUAUUCCGAAUUCCUGCAGAAGGUGUCCGGGAAGGAGAACCUUCAAAAAGCCUUUUUCAAGGUCCCCCAGCUGAUGGACGUGGUGGUGUCCCGGGGGGCACCCUUGGCCUCCCUGACCUUCUCUGGCCGUGUCAUCGUCUUCCCCGAGUUUGAGAUGGAGAGCAUGCCCAAAAAAACGCCCCAGGAGCACUCCAAGGAGAAGAAAGAAGGGGCUUUUCCUCUUCUCGGCCAAGCUGGGGGAAGAAAAGCAGCUGCUGGUUCCCUUCGAAGGGACGGGAACUGA